AUGACGGCUGCAAAAAAUAUGAGCGCCCAAACACUCAAUGAUAAUUUAGAAACAUUUUCUCUUCUUUGGCUUGAUGCAGAAGUCAAUACAACAGAAGAUAACAGGCGUGCUCAAAAGCGACUUCGUUCAAGCAUCAAUCAUCUUAAAAUAUUUCAUAAUCAAAAUGAAUGUCAACAAUAUAUUAUGUCUUGUUCUGAACAAGAUCGAAUUGUUCUUAUCAUUAGUGGCCGAUUAAGCAAAGAAUUAAUACCUCAGAUUCAUGGUCUUCGACAACUUUCUGCUGUUUACAUCUAUUGUUGGGAUAAGAGAGCAUAUAAAGAUUGGGCUAAACAGUAUAGUAAAAUAAAAGGUGUAGUCGUUCAACUUGAUGAUCUCAUUCAACAAAUUCAAACAGACUACAGAGAUCUAUUAAUACAAGACGAACCAAUGUGUAUCAGUUUUUAUAAUGUUAGUAGUAAUGCAGAUAAAUCAACAACUGACCUCAAUGGUCAAUUUAUUCAUUAUCUAUUAUUGAUUGAUGUUCUUAUUCGAAUGAAACCUAAUGACGCUGACAGAAAAAAACUAAUUCAACUUUGUAAAGAAGAAUAUGCUGGCAACGAACCUCAUUUAGCCGUGGUUCGUGAAUUUGAAUGUGACUACAAACCUAGAAAAGCUAUAUGGUGGUAUACUCGUGAUGCAUUUUUAUACAGUAUGUUAAACAAAGCUUUACGAAUACAAAACACUGAAUUAUUAUUAUUAUUUCGCUUUGUAAUUCAUGACAUUUAUCAAGAACUACAAAGAAAUCAAUGCCAACAUCCUGUUCGCGCUUUUCGUUAUCAAGCUAUGCCUGCUGAUGAAUUAAGAACUCUUAAAAAAUCGAUCGGUCAAUUUAUCUCAAUUAAUUCAUUUUUUUCAACUAGUUCUGAUCGUGAUACAGCAUUAAAAUUCAUGAAGCGUACGACCAUUUCGAAUGACUUACGUGGAAUAUUAUUUGACAUUGAAGCUGAUCCACGUGUUGUGAAAUCAAAACCAUUUGCUGAUAUUAGUUCAUUAAGUUAUUUCAGUCAAGAAUCUGAAAUAUUAUUUAUGGUUGGAUGUAUAUUUCGUUUGAUCAAUAUCUAUCGAGAUGAUAAUGAAAAUAUCUCGACCAUUGUUAUGCAAUUAGUAGAAGAUGAUGACAAUGAGUUGAAGAAGCUUUUCGAUCAGUUGAAAGCAGAUUAUGGAGGUGGUGAGAACGAAGCUGAUCUUAAGUCAUUUGGUGAUGUACUUCAACAUAUGGGAAAAUAUGAUUCGGCAGAAAAAAUAUAUCGUGGUCUACGCAAAACGUAUUCCUCCAAUGAUAGUUCAUAUUCUCAAUUAUGUUUCUCAUUUGGCAUGCUGAAUAAAGAAAAAAAGGACUUUGACAGCAGUCUACAAUGGUUUGAAAAAGCAUUGAGCAAGAAAAUUCGUACAGAUCCAAAUGAUUUGAUCUACAUUGCUGGUCUACACUGUUGUAUUGGAAACAUCCAUAUCGAAAAGAAUAACUUUGAUGAAGCAAUAAAAUGUUACAAUAUAGCAAUGGAUCAUUACAAGCGCGCGAAUGCUACAAAUCAUCCAAAUAUCGCUUCUUGGUAUCACGGUUUUGCCCGUAUUUACAGUGCUCAAAAACAAUAUCAAGAUGCAUUAAGUUAUUAUCAACGCUCAUUGAUUAUUCAAGAACAGCACUUACAUUCUAAUCAUUCGGAUAUGGCUUUAAAUUAUAGUGGCAUAGGUGAUGUUUAUUUUAAUACUGGCAAAUAUCAGCUUGCCAUGAGCCAUUACAAAAAAUCACUUGAGAUUAGAAUAAAAUCCUUACCUCCUCAACAUCAAGACAUUGCU